AUGAUUCACGCAUUGCUCUGCUUUGCAUUCGAAGGCUAUGCCAACAGGCAGGACCUGACCAGCAGGGAUGCAGUGAGCUACUGCUACGACAGCGACUCCUCUUCGACUGAAAGGUGUAUUCCCUACAGGAAGAAGCCAAAGUACAAGAAGGAAUCACGAGACAGGGAGGGCGACUGCACGACCACCAUCGCGUAUCUCUCACAGAUGAUUUCCGUCCUGAUCAAGGAGCUCCAGGUCAGGAUCUGUAAGGCCUACGAAUCAACUGAGAAUGUAAUAUGCGAAGGAAAUCAGAUCAACUGCAAUGAGAUGGAGGAGCUUAUUGAGGCAGCCAUCAACAAAUGCUUCUCUUUGCAGCAGAGUGAAAUCAAGGCAUUGGUUGAUGAAUUGGAGGAUGCCGUAGAAGUGCUUUGUUGCAAGAAGGAUGGUGAUCUCAGUUCUCUUAUCAGCAACCAAAUGGAAUCACUUAGAACUUCCUUAGCCAGCGAGGUCUCUGCACUGAUUGCUGAACCUAGAGAUGUUUCUAAACCAAAUGACGAUUCAAGAUCAAGGAGAAACGGUAGGCCAAAUGAUCAUCCAAGAUCAAAUGAUGGUUCAAGAGAGAACAGUGAACCUGAUGAGAGUGAUGAAAGAGAUGAUCUCAAAGAUGUAAAAAAGGUAGCAAGGAAGAUACAAACCAGAAUGGGUAGCGAACAUGAUAAAUGCAAGCACAAAUUGAUAGCAGGAAUGAGAAAUCAGGAUUGCAUCAUUCAAGAUGACCUGAGGAAUCUCUUUGAGGAAUUCUACGCCAAUUUGACUACAAUUCUAGCCAAAACAGAGAAGUGUCUCCUGGUUGAUAUCUGUGGUGUACUGGAACAGAACAUUCUUACUUCAAAUGCAGUAGCAACAGGCAAUGUUGAGGAACUGAAAGCCCGUCUCUGUGUGAUUGUGAAGGAAAUCAGUGUCAAAAUAACCAAUGUAAUUGCAGUAUGGUCUGCAACAUACGCCACAUCGUAUGGAAGCAAGAAACACCAAGGAAUAUGCAACUAA